GAAGUUGUCAGAAUGUUGGAGGAGGAAGACUUCUAUCUCUUUAAAAAUGUGUCUAAUGUGAGUCCCUUUGAUGGGCCACAAUACCACAUUGCGCCUAAAUGGGCAUUCACCCUGCAAGCAAUAUUUAUGGGCAUGGUAUUUCUCAUUGGAACACCCCUAAACUUCAUUGUACUGUUGGUAACAAUCAAGUACAAGAAGCUUCGCCAGCCUCUCAACUACAUCUUGGUGAACAUCACAGUAGGUGGAUUCCUCAUGUGCAUUUUCUCAAUUUUUCCUGUCUUCGUCUCUAGCUCACAAGGCUACUUUUUCUUUGGGAGGAUAGCUUGUUCCAUCGACGCCUUCGUAGGCACGCUUACAGGCUUGGUUACUGGUUGGUCACUAGCAUUCCUGGCUUUUGAGAGAUAUAUUGUGAUCUGCAAGCCGAUGGGGAACUUCAACUUCAGCUCUUCUCAUGCUUUGGCUGUUGUCAUCUGCACUUGGAUAAUUGGAAUUGUUGUGUCGGUGCCUCCAUUCUUGGGCUGGAGCAGGUACAUGCCGGAAGGCUUGCAGUGCUCCUGUGGUCCCGACUGGUACACAGUUGGCACAAAGUACCGGAGUGAAUAUUAUACCUGGUUUAUAUUCAUAUUCUGCUUCGUUAUCCCACUGUCACUGAUCUGCUUCUCUUACGGGAGACUCCUUGGGGCUCUGCGGGCGGUGGCAGCACAGCAGCAGGAAUCUGCCAGCACUCAAAAGGCAGAGCGUGAGGUAUCCCGUAUGGUGAUUUUCAUGGUAGGGUCCUUCUGUCUGUGUUAUGUCCCUUAUGCAGCAAUGGCCAUGUAUAUGGUGACGAAUCGCAACCAUGGGCUAGAUCUUCGCCUUGUCACCAUCCCUGCCUUCUUCUCCAAGAGCUCCUGUGUCUAUAACCCCAUUAUAUAUUCAUUCAUGAACAAACAGUUCAGAGGAUGCAUUAUGGAAACAGUGUGUGGAAGACCUAUGUCUGAUGACUCUUCAGUGUCUUCCACAAGCCAAAGGACUGAAGUAUCAACAGUGUCUUCCAGCCAAGUCAGCCCUGCCUGAACUGAAGAUAUGCUGCAUAAUCACUGCUCUGUGCUCUGUAUAAAGAUUACUUUAUACAUGUUCUCUACAGGCAUUAGUUACUAGCUACUUAUGGUCAUAGUUUGCUACAUUCCAUCACAGAACCUGAGAGCAAAUGCUCAACAGAGCCUUCUCAGUGCAGAUAGUUUGUUGGUGCAAGGAGGCAAAACGGUCAGUAAUUCAAAUCUUCUUUGGUAAACCUGUGCACACUGUAUACAACACAUGAAGGCUGGUUUUGGGUUGAAGUUUCUCAUUCUAAUCAAUUUGACAAAAUCUUUAGUAGUAAGGCUGCCAACCGGUAAACAACAAGAAUCAUUACACCUGCAAUUCCACUGACUGUAUUUGGUGGCAACAUAUUUUUAUGCAAUGCAAAAAUGCUUAAUGUGCUGAAAGAAAAAAAAGUUUUCUUUUACGCGUGCCUAGAACAGUUUUUAUCACAGUUUAACCAUAUGAGCAAUUGUGAAUUAACACACAUAUAGAUUCUAAAGGAUUUUCUUAAUCUGUUUCAGUGGACAGCAACAUUCAUUGGUUUGAUAGCCUGGAAGGUUUUAGUAACUUAAUAUCAAAUCUCUGCUCAGUUGAAGCAGCUCUGUGGUGCUGUACAUAUGUUUACACAAACAAAGUUUUCCGUUUAGAAAGGUUGAUUGAAAUGCCAUGCAACCAAAAAGUUUGUGUAAACGACCCGAUCAGCAAAACUGUAGGGAGAAAACAAACACAAUACAAAGCAUACAAAUCCACAAUACCUUUCUAUUGUGGCCUAAUGUUCCUAAAGGAUUGAGUAGCUCAGAAAUCUGAGCAAAAUAACAUUUAAUUCAAAUAAUAAAUUGGCACCAAUACAUUUUUAUGCAUUUUCUGUUUUCGCAGCUUAUUUGCACAGAUAAUUUCAUCCAGGUUUUUUAGCUAAAGUUAUAAAGUGUGUAUAAAUGAUUAUAUGCAAUGUCAUACUGCACAGAAGGAGCAUAGAAAUAGAAUUCAGUUCUGCUGGAUGAAGGCUUUGCAAUGGUACAAGUGGCAUAAAAACACAUGGCCAAUUGGCAAGUGGGGUUCAUGAAUAUUUAAUUUUACCUCAACAUGAAAAAACAUUGUAAUAAAGACAUUUAUGCAGUAAAA